AUGAAAGAAGUCGAUGUGCCAUGCUUUUUGAAAACACCACUUUGGGCCGGUAUGCCAACCACUCAACUGAUUGAAGGUAUUCAUGCAUUUUUUGAUGGCUAUGUUCAUUCCAAAACAUCUCUAAAGCAAUUUAUAGAGCAAUAUGAGUGUACAUUGAGAAAUAAAGUUGAAAAGGAGUUUCAAGCGGACUUCAAAUCAUUUUCACAAAAGGACCCAUGUGCGACAAGGUACGAAAUGGAGAGACAAUUCCAAUCAGUUUAUACAAUUGUGAUGUUCAAGGAGUUUCAAGAUCAAUUUACUGGAAAGACAAAAAUUAUUAAAGUGUGCUUUCGUAGAGAUGAAUGCGAGUUUGAGUGCAGUUGUCACCUGUUUGAGUUUAGAGGAAUUAUUUGCAAGCACGCAGUAACGAUUUUGAUUCAUAACCAAGUGAACUUAGUUCCCGAGAAGUACAUCUUGAAGAGAUGGAGAAGGGAUGUGAACAAAUUGUAUAUAAGGGUUCCGAUUACUUAUGAUGGUUGGAUUAGUACUCCAGACCAAGUUAGAUAUGAGCAAAUGUGCAAUGUGUUUUCGAAGUUAGAGGACUUGGUAGCACAUGACGAGUCACGAUCACGUGGUAGCUUGGACUGGAUUGAAAUCUAA